AUGCUGCUCCCUUCCGCCAUUCCAUGCGACGUGCGCCGGUCGUCUCGCUUCGCUCCUAGUCGCCUCUUCACGACACCUCCCCCGUCCGAUCGGGGCUACCCUUCUGGCAACGGCCUCCUGGGCACCUGCCGUGCGCUCCAGUCUCUCCUGAACGGUUCACCAGCGCCGUCGCCGCGCCGCACCCCCAAGCCGCAGCGCCUCCAGAGUCCACUACCCAUCACUCAAGCGCGUCGCUCGCCGCGCACGCGCAAAACCGCACGGCCUGCAUCGCCGCAGCCAACUCCUCCCCCGACCAAACUUGCAUCCACACCGCCGCCGCCGCCCUCCGCGCCCGCGCGCGGCGCGAACAAGCGCCGCCGCACGGAGUGGCAGGAUGACGACAGCGAUGCAGACUUUGGCCGCCCUAUCUCUACACCUAAACGCCGUCGGCAUGUCCCCUAUGAACUGCCACUCGGCCUUUCCUCGACAGACUUCUAUUCCCUACACUCUCCACCCUUUACACAGUCACCUCCCUCUCCCGCGGGCCGGCAGAUGGUUCCGCGCGUGCAAGAACCAGCCCCUGUCACGUCCAUCGAUCCGGACUCUGUCCUCCCCUCUAUCGAAAAGCCGGAUGAGCCGUCUGCGGCUUUCUUGAAUGAUUGGACUGCUGAAGAAGACCAGCGCCUGAUCGAGGUUGUUCUAGAAAAAUUCCGUCUCUCCCAACAAGAAUGGGAUGAGUGUGCGCGCCAGGUGGGACACCGCAAUUGCGUGGACGUCGGGCGCCGAUGGCACUCCCUGGUGGAAGAGGGACGUGUCAGCCUGCGACGACAAUAA